AUGAGGGAUGAGAAGCGGGCGGAAGAGCAUCUUAAACGCAAAGGCAUGUAUGAUACAAACUAUGCCCUGCUGUGUCAGCUGAAGGACCUAAUGGGACACAUGCCAUUAGGGCUGAGAGCACCAGGUCUCAGCUCUAACGCCAUUUUCCCAUCAAGGCACUAUGGCUCCUCGGAGCAACGGAACCUGGACGAUCAUUAUGGUGCCACAGAGGAAGAGGAGGAGGAGGAACAAAACAUUUUGGACCUGUCUAAGUACAAUGACAAGUCCAUCGGAGUAGAGUCCCAGGUUACCUGGGAAGCCAACAGCAUCCUGAAAAAGUUUCACCCACUGCUCAACCUGGUGCUGGAUGGAACCACUGAGUCCAUGGGAGAUCCCAAUGACCAAUACAAGCUGACAGAGAACAUGGGACAGCUGGGGCUUGUGCUGUGUCACGUCACCUCAGUGAUGCUCAUCCGCCUGCAGGAUGCUAUGGACGCCAUCCCUAACCCCUUUGUGCAUCAGCAAGAUGCUUAG